AAAUGCAAACCUCCCCUGUUAUUGUAAUGGAGAGAGAUUAGCAAGUCUUGGGGCCAUGAUUUUUGUUUUAUAUGUUUGUGAUUGUUCUGGAAUGUCUUUCCUAAUAUCUCCCCAAAUAAUGAAACGUCAUUGGCAGGUUCAGCGCCUCUUUCCGCAUACCAUAUUCCUCUCUUUAUGUGGAGACUUUAAAAUGGCUUGUUUUGUCGGGUGUCUACUUUGAGAAUGUACUUGUUAUUGUUGCUUUCCCAUAUACUUUUAAAGUAGCUGGGACUGUUUCAUGCACUGAACAUUGAGCUUGUUUAAAAACAAUGUAGGUGGGGUUGAAUCAAUUCUACAUAACCCAAAUGCAACCUACAUGAUCAUCACACAUUAUAUGAUGUCAACAAGCUACAUAAGCACCCAACAGCUGGGGUUUUAUGACCGUAAUAUUAUGGCAAAGUAGCAUUUCUGUCCAUUUGCCUCAAGACUUGUUUGCCCUUAUCUGGGUGUCCAAGGAGACCAAUAACAAACGGAUCUGUGGAUUGCCUAAUGGAAGACUUCACACUCAGUGGCAUCACCUCUAAUGGCCUGAUUAGAAAAGAAAAACACUAUUUCCUCAAACUCAUUGUUGACACAGUCAGUCGGGGAUGGUGGACACUGGACAAAGAAGAGGGAGACGGCACGUUAGCUCUGUAGAGAUGGCCGCUGAAGAGAACCAAGUGGUCCUGUCUCUCCUCUGUGCCUUUGGGACCUGGUACAACAACUCUGGCCACGCUGAGAGACAUAGCAGAAUCUCCUCUGAGACCAGCGGCAACACCUCAGACACUACAAACACUACUACCAACUCCUUCCAGAGGCAGGUGGAACUGUUCACCCGCGAGUGGCACGUCUUCCUGCCUCCGCGCCAAUCCAGGGCCAUGCAUGUUUGCCCCAUCCUGGGCUUCCUGGCAGUUUCUCUGGUGAUUCCUGUCAUCCUCACCCGAAUCCUGACCAGCCCCUGGAUGCGCCAGGAGACCCGCUACCUCCUCCUAGCCAAUACGUUGCUAAGCGACAUGCUGUUCGUGUCGCUGUACAUGGUGAGUGCCUGUCUGAAUGCGACGGGCGUGCUGAUGUCAGAGUGGGCGUGCUCUACCAUCCUCUUCCUGCUGGGGUUGCUGUACUGCGCUGGGAUCUUCAGUACCAAGGCCAUGGUGCUGGACACCUCACUGGCUGUGAUGGCUCCACUUCGAUACUACGCCCUGUGGCCCGUCUCCAGGACGAGGAGGGCGAUUGCUGGUAUCUGGGCUGUAUCUGUGUUCUUACCAGCAGCGUCUGUAGGGGUGCUUGUGUGGUACCACUCUACUGGACCCUGUUCCCUACAGAUCUGCUCCCUGCCCCUCCUGCUGGUCCUCACCGUCAGCCAGUCCACUCCCAUGCAGGUGUCCAUGCUGCUGGCAGUCACAGGCGUCCUUCUCAUUCUGCUCCUGGUCUUCUCUGGCUAUAUCGUUCUGUACUAUCGCACCCGCAUGUCUGGCGUGUGGAGAGGUGAACGCUCCUCCCGGGCCAAAGGCACAUUCCUCAUCCACUAUCUCCACCUCAUCCUGUCCUUCCUACCCAUGUUGGUGCUUCUCAUCAAGCUACUGCUCUACUGCCACCUUGAUGCCCUGGACCUGCGUGCCAACCUGUGGGUAUCCCUGGUGGUGUGUAACAUCCUCCUGGUGCUCCCCAAGGCCCUGGCUCCCUACCUGUACGGCCUCAGGUACAGGCACCUGUGUGAGACCCUGUUGGCCUUUUAUGGGCUGAAACGGCCCACCACCGUCUCGCCUGUCAUGUGAGAAUAAAACAAUAAAACAUUUUCCUGGACUUAGAAGAAUAUUAGCACAGAAGAAGAAUUGAGGAGAUUGGUCGGUUGACACACGUUUCACUCUGGUGUAUUUCUCAGCAUCAGUAUAUCUUACAAGAGUAUUUUCAAAAUUAACAGAAAUAUCAAGGUCUUGAGUUGAAAUGGGGACCCUUUUCUCCUCAUAUCUUAUUCCAACAUGGAGUUAUAAGCCAUCAAACACUCUGUCCACUUGUGACAAGCAACCCCAUCCCGGGGUUGGUUGUCAGGACAGUGUGGGGUUGGUUGUCAGGACAGUAUGGGGUUGGUUGUCAGGACAGUAUGGGGUUGGUUGUCAGGACAGUAUGGGGUUGGUUGUCAGGACAGUAUGGGGUUGGUUGUCAGGACAGUAUGGGGUUGGUUGUCAGGACAGUAUGAGGUUGGUUGUCAGGACAGUGUGGGGUUGGUUGUCAGGACAGUAUGGGGUUGGUUGUCAGGACAGUAUGGGGUUGGUUGUCAGGACAGUGUGGGGUUGGUUGUCAGGACAGUGUGGGGUUGGUUGUCAGGACAGUAUGGGGUUGGUUGUCAGGACAGUGUGGGGUUGGUUGUCAGGACAGUAUGGGGUUGGUUGUCAGGGCAGUGUGGGGUUGGGUGUCAGGACAGUAUGGGGUUGGGUGUCAGGACAGUGUGGGGUUGGGUGUCAGGACAGUGUGGGGUUGGGUGUCAGGACAGUAUGGGGUUGGUUGUCACACAGUAUGGGGUUGGUUGUCACACAGUAUGGGGUUGGUUGUCACAAUGUGUGCCUUUUUGUUUUUCAGCAUCAAUUGAACCAAUUUAGAAAGUUUUCGAAAAAAAGUAAAUGCUUUCUUUAUUGAACAGUAUUUCUAUCUAACAUAAUAAAAAUAAAUAAGUCAAAAUAAAUUGAACGUAGUUUAAUAUUUGCUUCGACAUUGUAGUUCUUACUCCACUCAAAUCAUCAUAUCAAUGCUUAAUAGAACAAUCAUUAACCAUCUGAUAUUUGGAUGAAAAUUACAUCUUUUUUUAAAGUGAAAAAAAUAAAGUUGUAAACUGGAAUACUUUUUCAAACAGAAACAGGUGUGUGUGUUCAUCUGAAGCAAUCAAAGAUGUCAACGUUUCACAAUUUUGGACAGAACAGUAGACAGUAGAGCACAGCAGAGUACAGUAAAGAAAAGUAGUGUACA